AUGGCGUUUGGGCACAUCCUCUGCCCCGAUGCGGUGCCAGCGGAAGGCUCUCGCGCCAAGUGUGAGGACAGGGCACUUCUAUGCCAUCCAGUAACGCAGUGCCGGCAGCCGCUGUUCUCGCUGCUUCAUGGUGACCACCGCCUCUCCUUCCCGCAAUUCAUGCGCCAAGUCACCUGCAUCUUCUUCGUUGAAUUAGGCUUCCCGGUUGGGCGUGCUCACCAAGAGCCCACAGACGAUGACCAGAGCAUGAUAUCCGGUAGAGACAGUAGUUUGGCUCCUCCGAAGCGCGACGAACGGAACACAAAUUCUCGAGCGUAA